AUGUUUGCUCUACAACCUGAACAAGAGGUUCUAUUGCCAUUACCUUUGGAUGAUUUAGUAUUAGAGAUGAAAGAAACAUUAAAGCAAUUAGAGAAAGAAGUAAACAAUUACUUUGAUCUAAAUACGUUAAUACUAGAUCCCAAUCAACAGGUUGUCCAAAUUGUUUGGAUGGCAAAAAAUAAGAAACUAUGCCAAGCAAUGAAUGAUCAAUUUGAUUUAAUCUGUUCAUUAUACAUCUUUAUUCAUAGUCGAAUGUAUGUAGUGUACCAACAUAAUAUAAAUGCCAACCGAUCACGUGAAGAAACUCUCGAAAAGGCCUAUACCAGUUACUCAAAAUGUGACAUAUUAAAUAGUUUAAUUAUGAUUUUGGAAACUCUUAUUGAAUUUGACGAUACAAACCUUGAUAGAUUUGCAAGACAAGGAGCGGAUAUACAAUAUUUACAUUUAAAAUAUACAUUUGGACUUUUAAUUUCAAAGUUUGUCAUCUAUGGGUACCCAAACCGUACACAUAAUUUCGAGUGUUUGACCAACAUUUUGAGAAUUAUGUCUUCCAUCAAGGUCAAUUCAUCUAGCACAUCGCUGAAUGAUUUGGUGUUGAGACGUGUAACAAAUCAACUACUCGUUCAUUUGGCAUUAGAUAAUGAUGAUCCAGAAGCCAUAGAAAUGGCACAAGUGAUAAAGCCCUUUUCGGGGUUCGAUAUUUCUCGAUUCAUCUCAAUCAGACAUUUCUACGCAAAGAAAUUAAAGAUAUUAUCUGCUUUAUCAGCUUCAUUGGUGUGUUACAACAGACCAACAUGGUUAACACCUGUCUAUUAUUGCGCAAGUGAAAUUUUCUUGUACACCAUGUUCAAAGGUUUAAAUUUGCACAAAAAUAGAUUCGUCAAUUUCUUGGUCAACUUGUCUCCAAUCGUUCCAUUUGUUCCAUUGUACAUAAUGACGAAAAAGAAUUGGAAAUGGUUGGCAACUUCAUUUGUCAUCUUUGUCGGUACCUGUAGUAUAGGUUUGAUCGAUAUUAGAUUGACCUCGAAAAAAGAGUCCAAAUGUGUUGAUCGACUCAGACUACUAGACUCUGCAUUAUUCCAAAUGUCUAUCAAACAAGAACCUGUUGAAAAUCAAUAG